AGAGACUGAAACACAGAUUCAGCAGCACCUUCAGAUCCUCAGCAUCUCUGCUGGAAAAACGUCAUCUUCAGCCUGUUCCUGCGUCUGCCAGCGCUGUAGAAUAUGGCACAGAAGGCAGACAAAACUCCAUCUACAGAGAGCCCAUCGGCUGAUGGCUCCGCUCCCAAAUCCGCCCUCCGCAAGACGGCAACCGCCGACGCCACCAAGAAGAAGAAAAGCAAGAAAUCAAACGAGGACGCCAUGAACAAGGUGUACACUAACCUGCUGAACAGCGUCUUUGGACAGGAGCGAGAGCUGUCUCAGCCGGAGCUGGACGAGCUGGCCGAGGCCUUCAAGGAGUUCGAUUACGAUCAGGACGGCUAUCUGAACUACAAGGAUCUGGCCGAGUGCAUGCGGACGAUGGGUUACAUGCCCACAGAGAUGGAGCUGCUGGAGAUCAUUCAGCAGAUCAAGAUGAGACUUGGAGGUCUGAUGGAUUUCGAUGAUUUCUGUGAGCUGAUGGGCCCCAGGAUGAUGGUGGAGACGGCGGAUAUGCUGGGACUCAAAGAGCUCAAAAGCUCCUUCAGUCAGUUUGAUGCUGACGGUGAUGGGAAGAUCUCUAUGGAUGAGAUGAAGGAGGCUUUGAAGACACUGUUAGGAGAGAAACUCAAGAAAGGAGAGCUGGAGGAGAUCCUAAAGGAGCUGGACCUGAACGGAGACGGAACUGUGGAUUUUGAAGAGUUCGUGAUGAUGCUGUCGGUUCGAUAACAUCAUCAUUCUGAUUGAUCAGCCAACACCUACUUUCACUGUUCCUCAUCCAACAGCAGACGACACGGGACAAACUGCAAAUAUCUGAGCUCUUCGUAACUGUGAUUUCUAGGUGAAAUCAUAAAUGGCCACAGUCAUUUCUGUAAUGAAAAUACAUUUCUCUAAUUUUGCUCUGCUCUAUAAUAUUUCAUGGACUAGGUAUAGGUCUUUAUGCACUAAUACUAACAGCUAUAAUAGUUUGAAACUAUUCAUUUUGAGCAUUGGUGCUUAAUAUCUGAAUGCAAGUAUUUUCUGUUAAAUGAGUUCAUGAAUGUCUUGAAAGGUCAUGGGAACUGAUUUGGGAAAAGUGUGAGACACCUCAUCAUAUCAUAGAAGUGUGAUUUCAUUACAAACUAGUUUUAGAUAGAACCAAAAAACCCAACUUUAACAUUUUUACAUUUUCUAAAUGAUUUGUUAAAUUAAUGCAGUGCAGUACAUAGAUGUGACUUUAAUAAAAUACUGUACAUGUGUCUGAUAUGUGAAUGUAUAGAGA